AUGCAUCUAUUCUACACCAUGGCGUACCUUCUAUUCUGGAUCCUGGCCUUCGCCGCAAUAACCGUUACCGCGAGCGACAAUCCUCUCGACAUGAUCCUCCCUCGUCAGCAAAACAUCUCCUCCACCUGGCCCUGCGGCCCCUUUUCCACCCGAGGUCGCGAUAUCGUCAACUCUCGGAGGCGAAGUAAUCACAUGGGCGGGCUUCAACUGGCCCCUCAGCCGAGAGACCAUGAUCCCCGAAGGCCUGGAAUACACCUCUGCCGAUUCCAUCCUCGACCGCAUCGCCUCCGCAGGCUUCAACUUUAUUCGAAUGUUACUCUCAUCUCUGCCCUCGACCCAGACAACGGCGCCCUCAUCACCUCCCAGAUUCUCCUCCAUAAUCCCAUCUGGACGCGUAACACGACACUGUUCAAGAUCUGGUCUGACAUUGUCCGCGUCGCCGCCCGAAAGAAUCUGUACAUCCACCCCGACGCGCACGUCUCAAAGGCGGGGUGGUGCUGCUCCCAGACCGACGGGAAUGCCUGGUUUGGGGACGAGCACUUUGAUAUUGAGAACUGGACGCGAGGGCUGGGUUACGUAGCCCGAUGGGCGGGGGAUCACACUAAUAUCGUUAGCAUGUCUUUGCGGAAUGAACUGCGGGAGUCGUGGGGGAUGGCUAGGGGGGGUUCAGGUUACAACUGGGUGAACUUCGUGGGGAAAAUGACUGCUGCUGCUGCUGGGGUAAUUCAUGCUGCGAAUGAGGAUUUGUUGAUUCUUGGGGGGGAAUGCAGUACGGGCAGGAUUUGUCUGCGCUAA